AUGUGGGAGUUCUUAUCUGCACAACCUAAGAAACUUCAAGUUCAGAGUCAGCCUUGUGAUGCCAACAGCCCUGUUGAAGACCACUUUUCCAAGGGAGUAGGUGCUCAGGGAUCUUCAAAAGGUGUGGUGGGAUUUGGGGCUGCAAUUUAUUCUGAGGGGAGAUUAUUGCAUGAAUGGCAGACAACAUGGCAUGGGAUGGCACGUUCUGAGGAGGCUACAUUGCUGGCUGUGAGAUGGGUGCUGAAAAAAGCAAUAUUUGAAGGUUAUACUCUAGCCAAGUUGGCUCUUGAGGGUGAACACUGA